UAAUCUAAUGAUAGUUGUAAUAGCUUUCAUGAUACAUGAAUGUGUUUAUUUAAGAAGUAAUGCUUUUACGUGAAUCAUUCGAGUAAGUAGUUUCAAAUGGAGAGUGGUUCUUUUAAUGACCGAACGAUAAUCAAUUAUUCAUUACGGUUAAUUAUUUGUGAAUUAUUUAUCGAUUUGUGCAUUAAAGUAGCGAAGGAAGAGAAAAAACCACCACCCUUAAGCGAAAAUCAAACGAAAAAUCUAUUUUAGAAGUUGUUGAGUACGGUGGGUUUAGUUGGCAUGUUAAUCCGGCCCUGAGAACCACUUGACUCGCCUUUAUCAGCUUUUCGAUACAGGUAUAGAUUGCGUGAAUAAUAAUGAUAAUAAUAUUGUAGAAAAGAAAUUGUGCUUUCGUGUCGAGUUUCCAGUUUAAUUAUUGUUUAUGCACGGUGCGUUGUUUUUAUUUGCGUGGAGAGAGAGAUGUUCGUGUAGCGCUUAACCAAACACUACUUAGAACAUAAGAGUCGUUUAAUACAAACAAAACUUAAUUCAAAAUAAUUGUUGAGACUGAGAAACCGUCCAAUGUCUAAUUAGGGCCUAAGUAGUUAGAGAAAAGAAAAAAAAAUGAUUGGUCCCUCGUCGCAGAUCAGCAAGCUACUGCUUACGCUGUUGCUUUUGCUGAUGGUUUGGUAUAUUUAUAUGGAUGUUAACUUAUACAUGAGAGUUCAAAACUACCCGAUAGACCGGGGAAGCAUCUACGACAACGUCACGUUCAGUUAUAGUGAUGUGGCCUGGAUAAGUUGCGACAUUAAUCCGCUUUGCGAUGUAACCGUGAAGGCCCUACUGCUUGACCAUACUAACCAUUAUCUGUUCUCGCCGCUCGCCGUCAUCGUCGACAAUUUGUUGAAGAUUGACGAUGUCCUUUGGAUCACGCCCAACAUGAUUAGCUUUUUUCAUGUUUUCGUGGCGAUCCUAAGCGCCAAAUGCAUUUCGAGCGAUAGCCUCGCUUACAGGCGAAUCGGCGUGUUGCUCUUCGAGGUGAGAACGUUCUUGGACGAUAUGGACGGGCACGUGGCCAGAGCGAGGAAGCACAUAAAGGGCGAGAGAUCCGAAGUGGGUACAGCAGGUUAUUACAUCGACGGCAUCUGCGACGGUCUCGGUUGUAUUGCAUUGAUGAUAGGGGCCUUCGUGUUCCUCAAGAGCAAUCCGCCUAGAAGAGGAUAUAUGCAGCUACCCACGACGGCAUCGCCGAGUGAGAAAGAGAAGGACACGAUGGUGUACAAAGCGAAGGUGACCACGAAGAAGGUAGUCAUCAAGAUCGUGUGCUACUCGAUUCAGUUAAUCAUCAGUUCGGCAGCUUGGAACCGGUACAUAGCACUGUAUCAAACGCUACUCGAAUCCAACGACGUCAACUUGGAUACGUACAACAGACAGACAAUAGUUUACCAAAGUUCUGUGUUCUUCAGCGUCGCCUGGCUGUGGAGGAUAUUCAAUGUUCAUAAUCUGUUGCAUUGCCUUUUGUUGGCCGUAUUUUGUGAUAAGUUGUGGGAAUUCCUGAAAGCCAUUCAGUAUGCCGGCUUCGGCGUUCUUCUCGGAGCCAUCUGCGUUGCCGAAAUCCACGUAGCCGACGUCAAAGAUUUUAUAUACAGAAGGAUCGUAUCCUUCUGAGAGUCGACUACGUCUCCUCCUCCACUUCAUCUUGCCAAUCGUUGUGUAUUUUCCGUUGCAUUAAUUGUUUAAUUUAAUUUAAUCCCAUGGUGAAUAAUCAUUAAGUAAUAUUUGUAACUUUUUAAUGAUUACUGAGUUAUUAGUAUUAUAGAUGAUUUACUGUCUUGUUAAAUAAAACUGUGUACAUAUUGUUAACAUUAUAAUAUGUGGAAAUGAUCUAUUAUAUUUGUUAAAUAUAUAUAUAAGAAUUACAUGAAAACUAAAUUAAUCCGAAUCCGAAUUCGCACAAUAAACAACAUAAAAUCAUAUACAAUAUCACUCUAAUGUGAAGAAUCAAUUGAGAAAACUAGAAAAAUGAAACACAUUUGGACUUUUACACAUUCAAUAUAUACAUUUAGAAAUCUUGUAAAAAAAAGCUAACAAAAAUAUAUUGAUUAUACACUUUUGACUGACACUGCAUAUGAUUCUUCAUAAAAACAUCAACAAUAA